UUGAAUUAGCUGUAACCUCUCUCCCGCAAAGAAAUCGUUAUUUUCAGAGCACAUUCGAAAAGAUGGGGUCUGAAUGUGAAAUAGAAAUAGAAAAACCAAUUUCGGCUAUUAGAUCGUUCAUAUUUUCACUGGAUUUAAAUCAUGUCAUUACUGAUCAUCAUGAUAGUUUAGCUAUAUGA